CGUUAAUUGAAUCGCGUGAACGACGCGCCGUAGGUAGGUAGGUACCUAGCCAACUGGUGCGCGGGCUCUGUGCAGCAACUUUCUUUGCGACAACCAUCAGCCGCACACUGCACCUCCCUUCACUGCCUCUUCACAACCUCGCAGCGCAUCACCGCUUUACACCAACACUUUCUCUCGAAUCGCCCGACGAAAGCGACAAAAAUGGCUGCUUUGCCCAGCGCAGAGGAGUGGCUGGCCAACGCCAACGAUGCCAUCAAUAUCAGCCUCGUCGCGCCGUCGAAGUCUGGCCUCCAGAACGUUGCGACCUUCAACCCCAAGUUCACAUACUCCAUCUUUGGCGAGGAGGAACAAAUCUUCGGCUACAAGGAUCUCAAGAUCAGCUUGCGAUACCGUGCUAAUGACAUGCGCCCUCAUCUCAAGACCUCCUACAGCAAGAAGUUCAAGCCUGUGGGAGACACCGAACCUACAGAUAUUGUCGGAAUCUUGGAGGAAGGGGGCCAUUUGCCAAAGAUUGCCUUUGUCAAAGGGACCGACUUUGAGGAUAGCUCCAAGCAGAUCAGCGACAACUGGACGCCCCCUGGCACUCUUCACACCACCAUCCAUGCUCCAGAAGGCGAAUAUGAAAUUUGGCGCGGAAACCUGGCUGACCCAGCUGUCAAGCAGCUAAACAACCGCCUCCAAAUCUUUGUCCCCUUCUUCAUUGAGGGAGGCAGCUAUAUUGGACAAGAUCCUGAGUCAGAUUCGGCGGAGCUCGACCUAUCUGACGCUGACCGAUGGACCGUCUUCUUUUUAUAUCAAAAGCAAAAGAUGACGGAUAAUCCUGAGAAGAGCAGUUACACCUUCGUGGGAUACUCCACCAUUUUCCGCUUCUUCUACUUCCAGCCCCCAACACCCCCUGCAUCUCCCAGGGGAGAGUGGGAGCUUCCGGCCGGCGACCUUGACCUGGCCGAGCUUCCCUGCAGAACCAGGUUGUCACAGUUCAUCAUCCUUCCCCCUUUCCAAGGAAAGGGAGUCGGAGCUCGUCUCUACAAAACUAUCUUCGAGCACUACCACAAACACCCCCAGACCCACGAGUUCACAGUCGAGGACCCGAAUGAGGCGUUUGAUGAUCUGCGAGAUGUCUGUGACUUGGAGUUCCUUCGCGCCAUUCCUCAGUUUAACGCCCUGUGUGUCGACCCCAAUGUCACCAUCCCUAAAAAGGGCGCCAUCCCCCAGCUUAUCCUUGGAGGCAAGGACCUCGAGAGCAUCCGCCUGCAAGCCAAGAUCGCCCCUCGGCAGUUCUACCGAGUUCUUGAGAUGCACCUAAUGUCAAAGCUGCCCGAGUCGGUGCGGCCCAGCAUGGCACUUGAUGACGACGUUCCGUCGCCCACCAGAGCAGACAAUCACAAGGAGCGACUGUGGCAGUUGAUUGUCAAGCAACGCCUUUACCGACACAACAAGGACGUCCUGUCCCAAAUAGAACCUAAUGAGCGCAUUGAGAAGCUUCAGCAAACUCUCGGAGGCGUUGAGCUGGAAUAUGCUCGGAUCCUGGCUGCGUACGAACGUGCGAUAAAGCACUCUCAGCCACAGCCGACCGCAUCAACUAAUGGCAAGCGAAAGCUGGAGGAGCCGGGUGAGAAUUCUAGCAAGAGGGCACGCGUGGAGGAUGCGUAAAAUCAGGUGCAUAUUUGAGAGGGGAGUUGAGCGAGGCUGAAGGACCUCGGCGGAGUGUGGCCAGUUGGGCAUUGGGAUUUGUAAAAGAAA